AUGCUGCUUAUAGGUGCUCUUUCUUUGGCACUGGCGGCGGUCGUCAAUGCACAGGGCCAAGGUGUUGAUCCCCUGUUGCCGGAAAAUAGCCCGGGAUCUGAUUGUCCCCUCGCUGGACCAGCAUUUCCUGCUCCUGCCCAUCUGUCAAAUAGCACUCUAUUCCACGACGCCAUACUGGAGUUUGAAGCCCAACUCACCAACCGCAGUUUGGGACUGGAGGGGAAUGAUACUGCUUGGGCGAUAGCUGUGUUUUCGGCAAAGGAGAACAGGACAGUAUACGAGCGCUACUAUACUCCCCCGAUAAACGUCAGUGUCAAAGAAGUCAAUGAGGAUUCUGUGUUUCGCCUUGCAAGUGCCUCAAAAGUCUUCACGGUCUGGGCCUUCCUCAAGGAGUUAGGUGAUUCGCGUUUCAACGAUCCAAUCACCAAAUACGUACCAGAAUUGGCAAACAAGAGCUACCACACUGAUACUGUCUACGACGAUAUCGAAGAUGUGCGGUGGGAAGAGGUUACGUUGGGUGAACUUGCUAGCCAAUCCGCUGGUAUUGCUCGGGAUGUCAACCUGGACGAUUUGUCCGUCAAUUACCCUACGGCAGAUCUAGUGGCUCUGGGCUUCCCCGAGUUAAAGGAAAGUGCCUUCCCUCUAUGUGAUGGCAACUUAACGCAACCACCAUGCACUCGCAAGCAAUUUUUUGAUCUUCUGUUCCAAAAAACACCUAUCUGGCCAUCAUCACAUUCCCCGGCUUAUAGCAACAUCGCAUUCAAUUUGCUCGGUUACGCGCUUGAGUCCAUUACGGGCAAAUCUCUCGAGGAAACAAUGACGAAAUCCAUUUUUGGUGCUCUUAAUAUGAGCCAAAGCAGCUUUAUAAAGCCACCUACCAGCGGUGGAGUCAUACCAGGAGACUUAUUGACUUCUGGCUGGGCAAGGGAUAUCGGCUCUGACAAUGCGGGCGGUGGGGUAUACAUGUCCACCCGCGACUUUGUCAAAGCUGGCCAAGCAAUCCUACAGUCAACACUGCUACCUCCAGCGCAGACUCGCCGUUGGUUGCAGCCACGCAUCCAGACAGGCUACUUGGGUGCCGCAGUGGGUGCACCGUGGGAAAUUACAUUCCUGGAGUCGUCCAACAAUCGCCUAGUUCAGUACUAUACCAAGGACGGAGACUUGAAUGCAUACCAUUCUUCUGUUGUCCUAUCACCAGAGCACCAGAUUGGCUUCACCGUGCUUGCCGCUGGAACAGCAGACUCGAACGCAGCGGUAAUUAGGUCCUUGUUGAAAGUCAAUAUUGGCGAGAUUUUAAUGCCAGCUGUGGAAGAGCAAGCUAAGGAGGAGGCUAGUGUUACGUUCAAUGGCACGUACAUUGACGACGCUACGAAUAGCUCUGUGGUCAUCGCGGCCGGAUAUAAAGGACACACGGGCCUGACUGUUCGAUCCCUUACUAGUAACGGCGUUCCAAUGAUGGGCCCUGGAACCUCUCCAGACGGCUUGCUAGCAUCUGGGCUUUCGAUUGGGAAUACUACUCGACUGUACCCCACAACUCUCAAAACAGUCAGCAAACGAUCAAACGGUCGUGGGACGUACGAUUCACGGCUAGGCUUCCGUGCCUCCUUCCAUCCUGAAAUCGUGAACAAUACAGUAUUGGAUCCGUGCAUUCUUGAUUGGGCUAACCUGGACGGCAUCACUUACGGACGGCAGGGGUUUGACGAUUGGGUCUUUGAUAUAUCCGAAGACGGCAAGGCAACGGGCGUGAAUAUUCGUUUGUUAAGGUUAAAGCUGAAGAAACUAUAA